CAUGCAUGUAUCAUAUGUAGAUAAAUGAUAGACUUGAUGGAAGGUUAAGGGAGACGAGUCACUUGAUGGAAGUUCUAGGAAGUUUCAGGAACAACAAUGGAAAGAGAUGCAUAAAGGCUAGAUACUUUCAACAAUAUAAGCAAGACAUCCACCACAGCCCUUGGUUUCACCAGUAACUCCCUGAAGAAGAUCUACUAUAAACAUGAACGGAAGCCAGAUUGGUGACAUACUUCAGAUGACCACUGAAAAUCUCGCAUCUACACUACCUGCAGAGAAUACUAGCACAGGUGUGACUGAAACAUUGAGACUUUCGCAUGUACUUCCAAGGAAUUACCUUAUAGCUCAUGCUGUGUUUGAAUCCAUAAUUGCUGUUCUUAUCGUUGGAGGGAAUAGCAUCGUUUUGAUCGGUAUUCUGAUUCAUAGGAACUUACAUACUGUAAAUAACAUGUUUUUAACCAGUCUGGCAGUUGCAGACCUUAUUAUGGGGUUAUUUGUAUCCCCGCUCACAAUUGUCCUUCUCUAUGUGAAACCUCUCAUUUAUGAUGAAUACAAACAAGACAAAUGGACAUGUAUAAUACGUUUGUACUUAACAAUUAUGUUAUUAGGAGCAUCUUUGUUGAGUAUUUGUGGAAUUGCUUUGGAUCGUUACAUUGCUAUCAUGC